AUGUUACGGCUCCACACUCUUCACCACUUCGCACCUAAUGCUUCCUGCUUCACGUCGUUUCUGCGGUUUAACUAUGGUGGUUUCACCGGAAGGCACGUCGCAGCGAGCCAUAAGAACACCCUGGGGAAAAGCAACAGCGCUCAUGUCAAGCACGUUUUCAGACGCUUCAGAAUACCCCACAGCCACGGCGAUCCAAACAAAGCCUCCUCGACAUUUUUAUUCGUAAGUAGGGGUUUGUAUGUAGCCGGAGCUGUUCUGACUACUGCUGGAGUCGUUGGCUGGGGACUACAGGAGAUUAUGCCAGAAAGAACCCGCACGUGGGCUGUGCUUCGCUGUGGGAACGCGGUUGCUGCCUUGGUUGCACUGAGCGUUGAUUAUAAGCUUCUGGGGUGGUGGGACAUGAGCGGCUGCCACCGGCGCAGCGCGCAGCGCCUAGUGAGACUGGCUGAGAGGAACGGUGGGGUUUACGUUAAAGUAGGGCAGCACGCCAGCGCUAUGGAAUAUCUGUUGCCAAUUGAAUAUACCCAACAGCUGCAGCAGUUGCAGCGUAAUGCGCCGGCAUCUUCCAUGGCACAAGUAGAGGAAGUGGUCAAGCAAGAACUAAAAAUAAAGAGUUUGGAUGAAGUUUUUCAGCAUUUUGAUGAAACGCCUGUUGGUGCGGCGUCGUUGGCUCAAGUCCACUUCGCUGUUCUUUCCAACGGACAGCCUGUUGCAGUCAAAGUGCAACAUGCCGAUGUGCGGAAACUCGCCGAAGUGGACACGCGAGUUGUUGAAGUUCUGACGAAAGUCGCAGCAAAGAUUUUCCCAGAAGUCAGGUUUGAGUGGCUUGUGGAUCUGCUUCGGGAAAAUCUCCCUGCGGAAUUGGACUUUAGGAAAGAGGCUACCAAUGCCAAGAGAUGCCGCCAGCUGCUCGAAGAAGGCUCUUCUUCUUUCAAGUUCGCGCUGCCUGAGCCCUCGCGAGUGCGAUCACUGCUCAUUCAACACGCAGCAAAGGUAGCUUCAUGGUUUUGGCUUUUAGAUCCUCAAAUACAUAGCGAGGAUGUCGCUCUUGGAGCAGGAGAAGCAUCUUUAAUGAACAAGGAAAAACUAGAAGCGCCCGUUGGAAAUAUACAGCCACAAGCAGCAACUUCGCGGCUUCAUUCCACUGCCGCCUCCGCUUCAGCCUACACAGCGAGAGCAGACACGUCGCAGUGCCUUUGUAAUUACGAGGUGGAGCUGUACGUUCCUCGAGUUUAUAGCUCUUUGACGACUUCCAGGGUUCUGGUAAUGGAACGCUGUGAAGGGGUUCCAGUGGACGACCUGCACGGAGUUGUCGCUCAAGGAAUCCACCCUCUAGCGGUGUCUGAGGCGCUGUCUGAACUGUAUGGGAGAUUAAUAUUUGACCUUGGAUUUGUGCAUGCGGAUCCUCACCCCGGUAAUGUUAUCGUGCACUUAGAAAAGUGCCCCCAUGAAACUCAGGGCUUUCAGGAACCGCAGCUACGGCACCAUACUUUGAUGCUUCUCUCAUCCCUUAAUGGAAAGGGAGAUACAGAAAUGCAGAACCUGCGAGGAGACAUUGCAGCCGUGACCGCAUGUGCCAACGAAUUCGGUGUGGGCGAACUCGCUGGACUUCUGGCCGUGAUUCUCAGUCUAAGGAGUGAGGACAGCAUCAAUUCGGGUUUGCAACUGUCUCGGAAAACUCCAGAGUAA